AUGAGCGAUGAGACAGCCGACGAAAAGGUUCAGGGUGAACGUCACAGGGUGGGAAUAGACCGCUCCGCUGAUGCCACCCUGGACGCCGAUAUCCUCAACCGCAGUUUACAGGACAAAGCUGGCAAUGGGGGAGAUACUUCAGCUGGUUGCCCUCAAGUGUGUGCGAACACCGAGUAUUCUGCAGAUGUUGACACUUUGUUAAAAGACCAAAUCACGACCCCGAAAUCACAGUCCUCGUACAAGGAUCUGUAUCGCUAUGCAUCUUCCAUAGAUUGGCUGAUAUUAAUACUCAGCACAGUGUCUGCAGUCGCCGCUGGUGCCAUUGUACCGUGCCUUCCGGUGCACCGAGACGACUUUGAUCGUCAACUGUCGCAGAAAUCCUUGUAA